UCAACCUCCAAGAAAGCUGGGAAUACAGGUACGUACCACCAUGCUGGGCUUCCACAUAUAGUUAUUAAUGACUUCAAAGAGGACACCCCUGUGCAACCCCAGCCCACAUCUCCUAUUGAGGGCUGGUGGGGUCAAGGGAGGCAGGUGAGGGCCAGGCCAGAAGAGAGGAGGACAUUCCAGCCUCAUUGGCACUGGACAGGUACUCUGGGACCACCCCAACUCAGCAGCCCAAUUGCAGGGCACAGGACAUGGCCCCUUCCCUUGGGGCUUUGGCAUUUCCUGGAGGGGUUUCCCUGGAGGAAGCUGAGCCAGCCCUGCAUGAUGCUGCCCUGUGCGCUGUGACUCAGGCUCUGUAGGGCACAGGUCAUGGAGGGCAGGCCUCUGCCUCAGCUCUGCUUCCCUCCCUGGUCCCCCCACAGCACCUCAUUGCCUGGAUAUGACUGUGCCAGCCCACAACCAACCAAGCUCCUGGGCCUCCACCUCACAGGCACAACCCCUCCAAAGGAACAUGGCUUGGUGUGGGGGCCGGGACCCUGGGCCUGUGCUAAGUCUGGGGUCCAGCUCCAGCCACACCAGCUCUCCCACCCGCUGAGCCUCAGGAAUGAAGAGUCACCUCAGCCUCCAGAUGACUUGAGGAAACAGGCUGAGAGAAUUUACCUCCUGGGCCCAGAGCGGGUGUGGCUACCCUGCAGCUGGGCCCUCCCUUGGCACCCGCCCCACGCUCAGCAGCAGGUCAUAAAGGAGGAUGUCUGGCCAUAUCCAGCUGUGUUACCUGCUGGAGCUGCCACUGUGUAUGCUGGUCGAGCGCAACACCAGGAUGAGGAUGGAGCUACUUGCAGGGGAAGGCCCCAGCCUUGAGGCUAGAACUAUGGCCCAAGCAGCCAGCACACAGUCUGAGACCUUGGAGACUCCCCGGGGCCAGCCACCUAUCCUGCCCCUGGUGCAGGGUCACAGGGAGAGGCUAGUGGAACUUCACACCUCCUUCAGGGAGCUGCUCACCUUCUUCUGCACCAACACCACCAUCCACGGCACCAUCCGCCUGGUCUGCUCCAGCCCAAACCGACUCAAGAAGGUGUCCUGGGGGCUGCUGCUCCUGGGCACCCUGGGGGUGCUUUACUGGCAAAUUGGGUUCCUGCUGGAACAGUACUGGCGUUACCCAGUCAUCAUGGCAGUGUCUGUUCACUCAGAGAGCAAGCUUUUCCCAUCUGUCACUCUGUGUGACAUGAAUCCACAAAGGCCCAGGUCCCUCCACCACCAUCUGGAGGCACUCGAUGCAUUUGCCCAGGAAGCUAUCUAUUCACUCUACAAGUUCAACUUCAGCGAGGGCAGGGACACCCAUUUGGCCAAUAUCCCUGGCCCCGAGCCACUAUUCCAGCUGGAUCGUAGGAUCCGUCUGCAGCAGCUAAGGCACCUGGGCAGCCAGCACAAAGUGGGCUUCAGACUGUGCAACAGCACUGGUGGCGACUGCUUCUACCACACCUACUCAUCAGGCAUGAAGGCUGCCCAAGAGUGGUACCAUUUCCACUACAUGGACAUCCUGGGCCUGAUACCCACCUCCAGGGAGGACAGCCACCAAAACCAUUUUGUCUUGUCUUGUCACUACAACAGUGAGGACUGCCAGUCUCAGCACUUCCGGAUGUUCCACCACCCCACCCAUGGCAGCUGCUACACCUUCGAGGGUGUGUUUGCCGCACAGCACCCAGGCAUCACCCACAAGAUCAGCCUGGUCGUCAGGAGAGAGAAGCAAGUGGGGCUCCCCCUGCUAUCCACCGAGACUGACAUCAAGGUCAUGAUUCACGGGCACAACCACACGCCCUUCCUGGAGCACCAAGGCUUUAGCCUCCGACCUGGGAUUGAGUCUCAAUCUCCGCUCUGCAAGGACGAGGUGCGGCGGCUGGGGAGCCCGUACGGCCGCUGCACCAACGGCGCAGAGGGCGUGGAUGUGCGGCUACUCUACAAUUCCUACACCCGGCAGGCCUGCCUAGUGUCCUGUUUUCAGCAGCUGAUGCUGGAGAACUGCUCCUGCGGCUACUUUCUGCACCCCCUGCCGGCAGGAGCUCAGUACUGCAGCCGCGCCCGGCAUCCGGCCUGGGGUCACUGCUUCUACCGUCUGCUUCAGGCCCUGGAAGCCCACCGGCUGUCCUGCGACUCGCGCUGCCCCAGGCCCUGCAGGGAGACUUCGUACAAGCUGUCCGCCACAACUGCCCGGUGGCCUUCGGCCAAGUCAGCUGACUGGAUCUUUGCUGUGCUGGGGGAGCAGACCCAGAGUCCAAGCCUAAACCCAGGGCGCAGGUGGGCGCCCCCCUCUCCAGGGCGUUCCCGGAGCCACGUGGCCAAGGUGAACAUCUUCUACCAGGAACUCAACUAUCGAAUGGUGGAUGAGGCACCAGUGUACUCAGUGCCACAGCUGCUGUCUGCCAUGGGGAGCCUCUGGAGCCUCUGGUUUGGCUCCUCUGUCCUCUCCAUCAUAGAGCUGCUGGAACUACUGCUGGAUGCCACAGCUCUCACCCUGCUGCUGGGCUUCCGCUGGCUCUGUGGGGCACAAGCAUCCCAGUCUGGAGCCAGCUCUGCUUCGUCACCCAGCCUGCACGUCACCUGGGGCCAGAGACUAUAGGCCUGAAGUCAGAGUCCCUGUAGGGGCUCUGGAGAGGGUAUUGGUGGAACAGUUAGGCUGAGCUCCAGCCCCCUGACUCCAUACCCCCGACAGCUUUGCCAGGACAUCUGGUCCCUAGGCCUGGCAUUGGGAACUGUGGCAACAGGGGAUGCCCCUGGCUACCCAGGGUAGGCUAGACCAGCUGCCACAGGGUCUUCCCAGGCCACCCAACAGCUGAGGAAGUAGCAUGACUUGGCCAGCAGGCAGGUCAACACCAGGCGCACCCAACACUCCAGGGCCUCUCUUUGCCCACCCUGCCUGGGGGUGAACUCUCCAGUUUCCAGGAGGCUCAGGGCAGGGAGGGAGGCUAUCCCCACCUCUCUGUACAUCUGUAUUCCACAUGUGAACCUGGAGCCUUUGCAAC